UGUUGUUGUUAGUGGUCGGCUCGCCGAGCGCACAGCGGAGGGACCGUUACUCUGAGGAGACGCAGUCUGGCGGCGGGAGGGCGCCUGAGGGGUCUGUCCUCGCGCCCGUGCAACCCUCCCCCUUGCGCAGUGCCCGGCUCGCGCCGGGGUCCCUGUCCCGAGGCGGGGACGCCCCCUGCGCCAUCGCCCCUUGUCCCGGGCUGAGGCACCGAGCAGCGCCCCGCCCGGGCGAUGCGCUUGGCCGUGCUGGGCGCCGGCAGGUGAUUCCCCAGCGUCCGCUGCUCGUGCUAUUCGCCCGCCGCCUCCGCCGCCGCCAUGGGGGACGGAGACGUCAACUCCAACCUGCUCAUCGCCCGCAGCACCGGGGACGCGCAGCUGGACAAGGCGGUCGGGCAAUGGCUCAGCUGGGACAAGCUUUCUGAGAUCUUGUUUGGAGGGCUUACUGAGAGUGCCUACAAGGUGAAAAAGAACCCUAAAACAAAAGAGCAGAUUGAAAACCUGGUACGGAAUGGGAUGAACAAGGAGCUGCGGGAUCGCCUCUGUUGCAGGCUGACCUUUGGGACUGCUGGACUUCGUUCUGCCAUGGGGGCAGGCUUUUGCUACAUUAAUGACCUUACAGUGAUCCAGUCAACACAGGGAAUGUACAAAUACCUUGAGAGAUGUUUUUCAGACUUCAGGCAGAGAGGCUUCGUUGUUGGAUAUGACACGCGAGGUCAGGUGACAAGCAGCUGCAGCAGUAAGAGACUUGCAAAGCUUACUGCAGCAGUCCUGCUUGCGAAAGGUGUACCUGUAUACUUGUUUUCAAAAUACGUUCCUACGCCCUUUGUGCCCUAUGCUGUUCGGCAGCUCAAAGCUGCAGCUGGUGUGAUGAUCACAGCAUCCCAUAACCGUAAGGAGGACAAUGGAUACAAGGUGUAUUGGGAAAAUGGAGCUCAGAUCACAUCUCCCCAUGACAAAGAGAUCCUGAAAUGUAUAGAAGAAUGUGUUGAACCAUGGAAUGGUUCCUGGAAUGAGAAUCUAGUAGACACCAGUCCUCUUACACGAGAUCCUCUGGAGGAAAUUUCUAAAAUCUAUAUGGAAGACCUGAAAAAGAUCUGCUAUCACAGGGAACUGAACACAAAGACCAACUUGAAAUUCAUCCAUACAUCUUUCCAUGGCGUUGGACAUGACUAUGUCCAGUUGGCUUUUAAAGCAUUUGGCUUUAAGCCUCCCAUUCCAGUACCAGAACAAAAGGAUCCAGAUCCAGAUUUUUCUACCGUUAAAUGUCCAAAUCCUGAAGAAGGAGAAUCUGUGCUGGAGUUGUCUCUGAGGCUUGCAGAGAAAGAAAGUGCUAGGGUGGUGGUGGCCACUGAUCCUGAUGCAGACAGAUUGGCGGUGGCAGAACUACAAGAGAAUGGUCGUUGGAAAGUGUUCACCGGCAAUGAGCUGGCCGCUUUGUUUGGAUGGUGGAUGUUCAGGAGCUGGAAGGCGAACAGUUCCAAAGAAGCUGAUGUGAAGAACGUUUACAUGUUAGCAACCACAGUCUCCUCCAAAAUUCUGAAGGCGAUUGCACUUAAAGAAGGAUUUCACUUUGAAGAAACACUGCCUGGUUUUAAAUGGAUUGGAAGCAGAGUAAAAGAUCUCCUAGACAAUGGGAAAGAAGUUCUUUUUGCAUUUGAAGAGUCUAUUGGUUUCAUGUGUGGCACAUCAGUGUUGGAUAAGGAUGGCGUGAGUGCAGCUGUGGUUAUAGCUGAAAUGGCAUCUUAUCUGGAAACCAAGAACCUAACAUUGGCACAGCAACUAACUGAAAUAUAUGAAAUGUAUGGAUAUCACAUUUCAAAGACCUCCUAUUUCUUGUGCUAUGAACCUCCUACUAUCAAAAGAGUAUUCGAAAAGCUUCGGAAUUUUGAUUCCCCAAAAUCUUAUCCAAAGUCUUGUGGCGCUUAUGGUAUAUUACACGUACGGGAUGUUACCACUGGCUAUGAUAGCAGCCAGCUUAAUAAGAAAUCGGUGUUGCCUAUGAGUAAAAACAGUCAAAUGAUCACCUUCACCUUUCAAAAUGGGUGUGUUGCCACCCUCCGGACAAGUGGAACUGAGCCAAAGAUCAAGUACUAUGCAGAGAUGUGUGCUCGGCCUGAGCAGAGUGACAAAACCUUUCUGGAAGAACUACUACAGAAAGUCAUUGAAGCUUUGAUUGAGAAUUUUUUGGAGCCCAGUAAGAAUGGACUGAUCUGGCGUUCCAUGUAGAUCUCUUCCAACAGUUUGUUGUAGAAGUGACUCUCCUUGUGCUGUAUCAUGUGGAACAAAGGAACCAAGAUCAGAACUCCAUUUAGCAUUAAUUGUGUGUACGUGUGUGUGUCAGUUACCUAACUGGCUAAAUUCUUAAAACCAAUAAAGAGGCAGCAUCUUUUUGUCAGUUUUCCAGCAAAAAGCUAUGGCUGGCAAAUUGAUUUAGGGGAGUUAAUAUCUACAGUUUCAUGUUCUUUUGACUAAAAGACACGUGUAUAUUAGCAUAAUGAAGUCAACUCCUGUAGUUCAAAAUGUAGCACUCCAGAGGGUUAAGACUGCUAAACUCUGCUGUAGCGUAAGUCACCGAGUUUCAUGGUGAAUGAAUUAAUACCUAGCACCUUUUGAUUUGAAAAGACUUGAAUUCAAAAAGUUCUGUUAGUUAUAAGUGUAUUUGAAGGGAAUUAGCAAUCACAUAAGACUGACAAAAUGAGCCAGCUUCUUCAUUGCUGUGGAGUGUGUAGGUAUCAUUUACUGUUACAGGUCUUAAUUUACAAGUAUGUUAAAAUAGUUUAGUAUUUAAACUGUCUAAACUAGACAGGUUGUUAUAGUAUAUGGUUUUCAGCCAUUUAAAUGUCCUAGUAUUAGAGAGGCUCUUGGUGCAUUGUAUUUUUUCCUGUGUAUCUUAAAAUACUGAUGUUUACUUAACGGUGAAACAAUAGUGGCAACUCCAUGCAAUUUGAUUCACAGCUUGGUUUUUGACUGAUCAAACGGCGCCUUUCCAGUAUGUCCUAAUCAGGGGAAAUAAUCUGUGUCUUGUUUAAAUUAGUGAUUCUAACCACCAGAGGCCCAUUGAGCAUAGUUUAAUCAGUUAGCUUUCUUUCAUUUUAUAAAACUCUCGCAAAAUAUUCUGGAUCUCAUUCUAUGUUAUCUAAAAGCAGGCUGUUCUAAAAUAUAGAUGCCUUGUGAAUGCAGUUUUGGGAGGACUAUGUGAAAAUCCAGUUAAUAUUUCUCUAACAUCGUGAAAUUACAGUGUCCAUGUUUUCUGCUCACCUAUGAGAGAGGAAGCUAAUGGAGGUGAAACAUGAGAUCUGUGUAUUCACCCCUUUACUCUCACUUUUCUUCACUUACAGUUGCAUCUACAAAUUAGCUCCUGAUAUUGCCUGCCUGCAAAUAUUUGGUCCUUCCUCUAAACUCACUUUAAUUAUCUGUUUGUGUAAAUGUUUAGCUAUUAUUCCUGAUUAUAUAAUUCCUAACUAGUCCCUUACUCUGCUUUGACUGGAACCUGGUUUUCUAAAUGUGGAAAGUCUUCGGAAGGUUGCUGUGAGCACCUGGUCUGGGAAAAGUGCAUUUUAAAAAGCAUACUGCUUCCCUGUUCUGCCUCCUCUGGAUGCUCAUGUCCCUGGGGUGCAGACUAAUGCUUGUCACUUUGUCUUUCUAAACUGGUGAUAGAAAUCUCUAAAAUAAAACUCUGAUGCUCUGGACAUCUAGCCACUAUGGUACUAAAAUAGACUAAGUGGAACAAUUGAACACAUAACUACAUAGUAUGGUGUCUAAUGCCCAAACAUGGUUAUAGGACUCUAGUAAUAUCUUUUUUGAUCGAUCAGCUCUAAAUCAGUGGUUAGCUGGGUUCAUAAAUCCCAAGAGGCACUUGUUUAAACCAUUGUUUGCCACUAUUGUUAAACCUUUGAAUUUGUCCUCUAUUAUACCCUUAUAGCUAGGUUCUGUAGGACAGUGCAGAACAAUGCUGUACAUAUCUCAGCUAGGCAGAUAUAAAGGAUAUGUUUUCUGUUUCUGUGCAGAUAUUGGAUAUGUUAUGCUGACAGAGGCUUUGCACUAUGACCAUAAAUACAUAUUUUAGUUAUAUAUGAAUGUACAUGUACUGUAGGAAGUUGUUGCACAGAUUCUUAUUUUCAAGCAAUGUUUGUUUAUUUUUUUAUUUUAAGUGAUAUUUCCAAGUUGUCCACACAAUUGAGUGAAAUUUCUCUUAUGCCAAAAAGCGUUCUUUCCCUUGAUUAUUGUAUAUUUGUGAGCACAAUAGUUGGGGGGAGGAAGAAAUGGGUGAAAGCAAUGAAGCUUUACUGCUUUCACAAUAUUGCACAGAAUUGGAAGGUAUCCAAAGAUAUGUGGGGCAAGUCUUUUUAAGUUGCUGCUUGGACUUUGUAUUUUUUUUUUUUUUCUGAUGGAAGUUAAACUUCAGACCUGAUUCUGGUCUCACUAAAGUGAGUGGACGCAUUGCCAUUAAUUACAUUGGCAGCAGGAUCAAGUCCUUGGGGUUUUGAAUCUUUUUUUUUUUUUUAAAUUCAGAAGAGAACAAUUAAUUUUUUGUGUGCGUGGUUUGAACAAAGCUAAACAUUAAAGGUGUAUGAAGUUGUGUAUGUGGAUAGGUCAGCUUUGGGUGUGGUGUAGCACAUAGAAUUAUGUAAGGCUUUGAGAUCUGCUUUCCUGGUCUGAAUUAGGGAUGCAAAAGUUUAAGUGGAUAACCAAUAAGCUUGAUGCUUAUCGGUUUCAGUUAACAAUUAAACUCUGCUGCUGCCCUGCAUGCCUGGGGUCCUGGCUGCCACCCCACACACCCAAAUGCUGGGCACCAGCGGCAGCCGGGACCCCACAUAAAACAUGGGGUUGCUAUAGCACCCUCUGCAUCCCUAGUUCCCUGGUUAAACAUUUAACCAAUAGAAUUUUAAUAGGUUACACGGUUACUUUUUUUUACACGUUAUUUACAUCCCUAGUCUGAAUCUCAUCCAGUAUUAGGUAAAUCUUAACAUGUGCACCGGGCCAUUGAACACGUACAAGAUGCAAGUUUUAAAAUGCUUAUGAGACUGGAUGAAUCUGGCAGAGCUGAGUAUCAGUGGUUUUCUUAAACUGAUGAUUAGGCCCUUAGUUCUUAAGCAGUACAUCAUGGAUGAAGUGCUUUUGGAAGAUGGGCAAGUGGGGCACCAGAAUGACUGACUGUAUUCUAAUAGUAUAAUAAUUACUGGUGUUAAAUCUGCUGCUACCAUUGUUUUCCAUUGAUGUGUCUAAUGCUUGAAGUAUCCCUACUAUUCCAUUUGGAGAAGUUGUUUUCUUUCCUUUCUCUGCAUUCCCUCCCCUACUUUUGUUACUGUGAAAGAUGAUCAUCUUGUUACCUCACUGCUGAGUAACUUUUUGCUGUACCUACUGCCUCAGCACUUUGAACUUGUGCACAGUCUGGUUUCAGUUAUGGGCGUUUUUAAUAGUUUUGUUUGUAUUGUAGAAAUAUUUAAACUGUGUGUGGGGAGGGGACUAAUUCUAAACCAAACCAGUUCUCUUUUGUCUGGAUGUUUACUGACUUACAGCGCUUCCUGUUGAUAAGAUGCAUUUUUAAAGGUUGAUGUCGAGCAUUUCAUCAGGUAUGAUAGAGCCAGUGAUUAUUUGUGUCUAGCAUUUGAAUAGUUUCAUUCAUUUUAUUUUUUUGCACUGCUGCAUACAGAGGCCUAAUCUUAUCCUAUUCAAGUCUGUGGCAGAACUUCCAUGGGACUAGGAUAUGAUCCUUUAAAGCAUAAGAAAUUUGCCAGGCAAGUUGACGCUAUUUAUAAUACACCUCUUCUAUUUGUGUUUUGUAUAAGCACCAUCUUUUUCAGAAUGUGAAGUGCUUGCUGUUCAGUUAGUAAAAGGAAAUCAAGAGCUGUUAUCCACCUCCCUCAGUGGUAAUAUCACUGCUUGUCAUAGCUCUGGAGGAGACUUGGAGCUGCAGCAGGAGUGGAUAGCAAAAGCUGUCCCCUCUCUCCUGGCAGUGCAGCACUGAAUGACUACAGGUAUAUUCUAAAGCAAAACGUAGGUGAACCUCUUACUGUAGUGAGAAGUACAAUUACUUCCUCCUCUUUGCAGUCAGGAUGCUUUCCCAUUAAAAUGGGACUGAAUAAGUGGAAUACACUAAAACAAUCUUUCUCAGCUGAUGGCUGAACCUGAUACAGUUCACCUGCAGGGUUCUCUCUCGUGUUUUGAUUCAAUAAGACUUGAACGGGAAUUAAGGAAUUUAACUUGAGGUUUUGGCAGAGGGAAGCCCACAAGAGAAGGCAUACACUGAUGUGCCCUUAGAAUGCAAGCCCAAUCAUGGACUCCCAGGGCUUUUUGUCUUUGUGUAUAUGACAGAUGACUUCAGUGAAGGGAAGCGACUUGAGGGGGAGCUAGUCUUAUACUGGGUUGAUCUUGUAACCCAUUAGCGACGAGAUUGCUCUGCAUUUGUAUUUACUGCGAUACCCAGUUUCCCCUUGUGGCUUCAGAAGAGGGCAUUUCCUCCCUCAGUGUAGUUGGUGCAGGUUGGUUACAUGCUGGCUAACUUUGGUUUGAAGUCUGGGGUAGUCUAUGAUAACACACAGCAGCAACAUCCCCUUACCGGCCACAUGCAGCUCUGGGGUGGGUGUAAGCUUUGCAUUCAUCCAUUCGCAGGGUGCCUGCCCACAGGGGUGCCAGCAAUAGUUGUAUCCCUGGUACUGCAGUGCUCAGGUAGCACCUUUUAUCCUCCACUCACAUAGGCCAGGAUACCAGCAAUUUCAGUUCUUUUUUAAUAAAAGGGGAAAAAAUAAAGCCGAAGAGAUUGGAAAUUUUAAAGAAAACUGCCAUGUGUCUACCUGGGGGAACAUGCCCUCUCCUCCUCUGAAAUUCUUCUGCUCUCAGCCAGUGCCCCCUUAGUAUUCCUGAACUCUGCCUCUCCACCAGUGUUGGCUUUUGCUCCCUAUAGCUGUGGGUGAGGCAUGUUUUAUGGAGCACCCUGAGUUCUAGGAACUUCCUUGAAACUUCUGCAUGGAAAGCAAGAGCGUGGUCGCUGCUAGCUUCAGGCAGGGCAAAGCCCCCAGUGCUAAGUAAUGAACAAAAUAACCUGCUGAGUAAAGUUUAGGCCUACCCCUAAAAUUGGCUGUGUGUGGGCAUACCUCUAUUCCCCCUCCCCAGCCCCGUUAAAGUGAGAUGAGCCUCCCCUCCACACACACACACAUUGUAGGAUCAGGGCCCUGUGGGUUUACGGCUUCUUGCUUUGAGAUGUAUUUGAGACUCUAUCUAGGCAGUCUCUGACCUGAAAUGGCAGAGGCAUUUGCCAAGACGCUGCUCUUCUACCACAGGAGUAAUUCCUUUGCAUUUAGAUCAAGGGCCAAAUCAUGUCUCCCUUUCUCCAUGAAAGGCCCCAAGCUCAGUGUUGUUCUGCUACAGGGAGGUGUCUGGAGCCUGUGAAUGGGCUCUCUCCUCCCCACACCAGAGUGCGGCCCAGAAGCAGUGAUGGCUAUUGCAAAGUCUGGGUUGUAGAGAGUCUGCUGUCACUCCACAGCCUGAGGGACAGAAGGAUCCCAGUCCUCCGUGCCGAGCCCAGCUACAUGGCCUCAGCAGAAGGGGGAAGAUUUUUGCCAUUCUUCAGAAAAUUAUUGAUCCUAAAAGAUCAAGUGAGGAUUUGAAUCAGCACUCCUGAUGGAUAUUUUUUUGAUUUUUUUUGACCUAGAACUUUUAAAAGGCACAAACAUUUUGUGAGCACUUCUUACGACGCCCAAGGGAAGAGAUGGGUGCUUUUUGCCUGGGGAAAUCUGGGCAUUCCGAGCUCCUCAGAUUCCCAGUGUGAGUAUAGCAGCUGUUUCCAAUGAAUGCUCAAUGGCUGAUUCUUCCAAGAUGAUAGCACCCACAAUACCUAAAGUCAUUGCUCUCGAUUUAGAACCCAGAAGUGUUUUAGAUCUGUUACUUACUCUUGUUCCAUUUGUUAUUCCAAAUGCCUUUUCUUUUAAGAAAUCGGGGUGUGUUAUAAAUACAGACUGAGAAUUUGCACUUUUUUUCUGAAGUAUUUCCUGUAUGGAUUACUAUGUGGAUUUAGCUGAAUGAAGUGUUGUAACUAAUAAAGCAUUCUCUUCAUAGUA